AUGUCCGGAAAGGUGGAAAAAACCAGUAAUGAUCAUGAAAAACAUAAAGGUGACAUUACUUGCUUAGCAUUUGUUAACGGCUAUCUAUUUUCUGGUGGCCAAGAUGGAUUUGUUAAGAUUUGGGAUGAAAAUUUGAAUUUGAAACCAUCUCAAGAUAUUUAUAGUAGUAUAGAAAAUCCUAUUCAAGCUUUAUUUUGUCAUGGUGAAUCAAUAUGGGCUGGUGACGGUGUGGGCAAUUUAUUUAAUUUUGAAAAUUUCGAAAGAGCUCAACAUUUUGAAAUGGUUGAAGAAAUUAAGGGCUUAGCUAUAGAUGAUAAAUUAAUUUAUACUAUUCGAGAUAAUGAUUUGUGUAUCAGCGAAAUAAUACCUGAAAGAGGACUAUAUAUAGUUAAAGCUGUUGUACCAGGAAAAUCACCUUUAAAAUUAUUUGGUGCAUAUAUUAACGCAAAACGAUCUUUAUUGGCAACUGUAUCUCGUGAUGGAAAAGGUAUUAAUGUUUUAAAUAAUUGUCCACAUCGUGAUUUUGUAAAAAUGUGGCACAUUGAUAACGCUCAUGAAACUAUAAUUAACGCUUUGUCUGGCAAUGAAAAUACGCUUUUUAGUGGGAGUUACAACGGAACUAUAAAAGUUUGGUCAAAUGUAAAUGAUGUUGGAAAAUUAUAUGGUGAAUUGAAUAUAGGAAGUUGUAUUAAUUCUUUGUGUCAUGGACCUGAUGAUCAUACUGUUUUUGCCGGUACUAGUGAUGGCAAAAUAAAAAAGGUUGUGUUCUCAUAA